AUGGCAGAUUAUCUUUCAAGAUCACCAGUCGACAUAGCUGAAGAAGAUAUUGAAGAACGAAUUCAGUAUGAAUCAACAUCAACACAAACAGAUUCAUCAUUUUCAUCAUUAAAUGAUAAUUUGAUUCCAUUAAAAAUAACAACAGCGAUUACUAGAGCUCAAGCCAAAUUACAACAACAAGCAAUGGCAACACCACCUAUUAAACCGACGAAUGAAAAAAUUAAUGAGCUCAUCCCACAAGGGAAAGUAGCGACUGAUGAAGAACUGAUAAUCAAACCAUCAGAUGAAAAUCCAAAUAAGAUCAUCCCAUUUGAUAUGGAUGACUUAAGAAAAUGUCAAGAAGAAGAUAAAACAAUUCAAGAAAUAAAAAAGAAUAGUAAGAAUAAAAAACAUUAUUUUGUUGAAGAUGGAAUAUUAUUUAGGAAACAACAACUACCACUUUUACCAGUUCCAUAUGUUCCAGCAGGACGGAUACGUGCUGAUAUAUUAAAAAUUUAUCAUGAUACACCUGCUAAUGGAGCUCAUUUUGGACGUGACAAAACAAUAAGAAAAAUUCAAGAACGUUAUUAUUGGCCAACAAUGAUAGCAGAUAUUAGAAAUCAUUUAGAUUCAUGUUUACCAUGUGCACAAAAUAAUUAUCGUCGUCAAAAAUUACCAGGAAAAUUAAAACCAAUACCACCACCAGAAGGAAUAUGGAAAUUAUUAAGUAUGGAUUUUCAUGGUCCAAUUACUCCAACAUCAAAAAUAGGAAACAGAUACAUCAUAUCUCUUACAGAUGUUUUAUCAAAAUUUGUUAUUACAAGGGCGGUUCGAGAUUGUUCAGCAGCAACAGCAGCUAAAUUUCUUAUUAAUGAUGUUAUAUUAAAAUAUGGCACUCCAACAUGUAUAUUAACUGAUAAUGGUACUCAUUUUACUUCUCAAGUUAUGAACAAAUUAUUUGAAAAUAUUGGAGUCACUCAUCUUUAUUCCACAGUAUAUCAUCCACAAACUAAUGGACAAAUUGAACGAUUCAAUGCAACUAUGGAUGGAAAAAUUGCCGCUUUAUGUAAUGAACGACGUACAGACUGGGAUGAAGUAUUACAAUUUGUUACAUUUAAUUAUAAUACAUCAAUACAUGCAACAACAAAACAAACACCAUUCGAAAUGAUGCAUGGAAGACGAGCUACACUUCCAUUUGAUCAACAAAAAGAAAUUAUUUCGCUCACACAAGAUCCAGAGCACAGUCAAAAAUUAAAAUAUAUCUCGAAAAAUUAG